AUGCUCUACAUCUGGAUAGCUUCAACGUCAAUCUAUGUUGUCGUUGAUGUUCAUGUUCACAUUGACGUUGACAUUCACAUUAAUGUUGACGUUCUCAUUGACGUUUAUACCGAUGUUGACGUAGAUGUUGAUGUUAAGGUUUACGUUGAUAUUGAUAUUGACGUUCACAUUGACGUUCAUAUUGACGUUCACGAUGAUGUUCAAGUUCACAGUGACAUUGACAUUGACAUUCAUAUUCACAUUGACGUUCUCGUUCACAUUCAAGUUAACGUUUAUGUUGACGUUCAAGUUGAAGUUCACUUUCACAUUCGCAUUGAUGUUGUAGUUUACGUUCAUAUUCAUGUUGAAGUUAGCAUUGACAUUCACGUAGAUGUUCACGUUGACGUUUACGUUGACAUUCACACUAAUGUUUAUGUUGACGUUUACGCUGACGUUUAUGUUCAAAUUCACAUUGAUGUUAAUGUUCAUGUGACGUUCAUGUAG